AAGGUACAUCAGUUGAUCCACGCAAGGUCUACACAGUUAAAUAUAACAGUUUAUCGCCAUAAUCUUUACAGUGUCCAACACCACGAUGCUGUCUACAUGUAUAUUUCUUAUUCUAACUGCUGUUGCCAUUACAGCAGCGACAUCAAUUUUACAACACCAUGCCAAUGUCAAUAACGAUAUCUUGAUGAAAUUGGUCGAACGACUCGACAGACAAGAGAAAGAGAUAGAAUCCCUGAAAAGGCUGGAGUUUGAGGUUGCUAAGGUCCGACAGGAAAACAAACAACUGAGGUCUGACAUCGUGAACAUCCAACUGAAGCUAGAGGCACAAACAGUCUCAACUGCCGCGAAAUACGCAACAAACCUUCACGGUGGAAGCCAUUUCAUUUCCAAGAGUCAAACACAGCAGGAAAGCUCGGUGAGAUCAGGCAGGUCAGAGUGUAAGCAGGGACCCCAGGGACCCCCAGGGAGAGAUGGCAGGGAUGGAAAGGACGGUAAAGAUGGGAAGGACGGUAGAGACGGAAUUCAGCAACCAGUUAUAACAUUAGACAGUGUGAAGGAAUUCAUGAGGCUGUUUGGAUAUAAGACACCUUUAAAAGCUAACAUUGGCAACUCAUCAGGGAUCAGUCCUCAGGGACCACAGGGAUUGUCUGGGGGAUUUAUGGGGGGAGAUGGCAAAGGUGGAAUACAGGGUCCAUCUGGAGCCAAAGUGAACCCAGGACCUCUGACACUGAACAGUUUGAAGCCAACACUGGAACUGGAAAUGGCGCUCCACAAACAGGUUCACCAGCCACUACCAGCCAUGGUGGGGCAGUGUAUACACGUUGGGGCAGAACAACUUGUGCUACUCAUUCACAGCUUUUAUACAAAGGUGUGGCAGGAGGAGCCUCUUACGACAAUGAAAUACAUGGCAGCACCUAUCUGUGUCUGCCACAGAUACCAGAAUGGGGGAGGUACAUGGAUGGCAGACAGCACUCCGGCACUUACAUACACGGUGUGGAGUACGAAACUGGAUACACAAAUGAAAACAUCUUUGACGGUAAAAGUGUCUAUAACCAUGAUGCCCCUUGUGCUGUAUGCCACGCUCAAACACGUCCCAGUCACGUGAUGAUACCAGCCAAGAAGACGUGUCCAGCUGGGUGGACAACAGAGUACAAUGGCUACCUGGUGUCAGGCCAUGACAGUGACGGUGGAGGAGCAGAGUUUG